AUGCACUUGGCAACUACCCUCGAAGAUUCAACUAAACCCUGCGUCGUCAAGAUCCUUUUGGGGAGAACACGUCUCUGGCCACGUCUGCACCUCUGCUCUCCCUGUGCACUGUUACAUUUUGGGGAUAAUGGAGCCUCUGAUCUGAGCUCUCUGUGUCGCUCUGAGGAAACAUCUGAAAGGAAGACAAAGAAAAAACCUGGAUCUAAAACCAAAACAAAAUCUAGACCGGCUUCUAUUCCCAGCUGUGAGUCUCUGAAGAGCAACGAGCCCAAAGAGGCGAUAAUGGACUCUAAAAGGAAACUGGACAAAUCUGGAUCUCAAACCAGACCUGGUCCCAGCUGCGAGUCUCUGAAGAGCGACAGGUCCAAAGAUCCAAUACUCUACUUUAAAAGGAGGACAAUGGUCAAACCUGGAUCUGAGACCAAAAGAAAGUCCAGUUCUGGACCUGAUCAUGGUCCCAGCUGUGAGUCUCUGAAGAGCGACAGGUCCAAAGGGUUGAUAAUCGACUUUAAAAGGGACUCGAACCCUCACCCUGCUCUGAGCUGUGGCUCCAGCCUCAGUGACAGCUCUAAAGACUGGGACGAAGAGUUUAAGAACAGUCCACCUGAGAACAUGGGAGCAGAGAGCAGCACGGAUCAACUCGGUAUAGACCCACUGCUCCCAGUCUUCACGCGGCUGCAGGAGCAGGUCCUGGACUUUGCCAAAGAGCAGCUGCAGAGCUUCCACCGGGCCCUGAACUCAGAUUACCCAGAAUGCUCAGAGAGAGUGGCGGAGGAGCAGCUCAUCAGAGAGGCCCUCCUGACCAUCGCACUGCACUUCCUGGAGAGGAUGGGGGAGGGGCGAGUGGCCGAGCUGCUCAGCCGACUGGAGUCUCAGACAUGGCCUUAG